GGGGAUAGAGGCAAAAUUAUAGAGCCCAUGGCUGUGAAAAGAAUACUUGUGCAAAGUUUCACUCCUUUUUGGACGCCACAGGGCAGUGAGGAAAAGGCCUGGCCUGUUACCUAGGGGGCAGCUUUGAGAGCCUUGGGUGGGGCUGAGGUCUGCCUCAUGGACAUCAGCAGAGUGGACAGUCAUUCGUUGUCCCCUUGACAGUCCACUGUUGGCGUGCUCUCAGUGUGGCCAGGCAAGUUGUAUGAGGAUAUAGGAAAGAAUGAAGCGAUUCAUAUUCCAUGUUAACAAUAGAAUUCAGACUUUAUCGUGUUCUCGAACUGUCUUCUAGGGUUUACACUGUGACUUCGCCUGCCUGAUGUUCAAGCACCUGCUGCACAAACCAUCAGAGCAGAGAGUCAAAGAAAUAAUUAUCAAUGCUGUCAGGAUAGAACAGGAGUUCCUCACAGAAGCCUUGCCUGUGAAGCUAAUUGGGAUGAAUUGCACUUUGAUGAAGCAGUACAUUGAAUUUGUGGCAGAUAGGCUUAUGCUGGAGCUGGGCUUUAACAAGGUUUUCAAAGUAGAAAAUCCAUUUGACUUUAUGGAGAAUAUUUCACUAGAAGGGAAGACUAACUUCUUUGAGAAGAGAGUAGGCGAGUAUCAGAGGAUGGGAGUGAUGUCAAAUCCGACAGAUAAUUCUUUUACCUUGGAUGCUGACUUUUAAAUGAACAGAAGAUGUGCUUUUAUUUGGCUGAUUUUUUUCCCCCCUCCCUUAUCACCCACCUGCCAUCCCCCAAAAUCAGCUAAAAUGAAUCCACCAGCUACACCAUUGUCCAUACGUUCAUUAAUGGCAUCUAAAAAACCGUGUAGCUACCUCAGAAUCCUUGUUGGCUUUGGCAAGCAGCUGUCCAGCUUCACAGCACUGACGGUGACGAUCC